AUGUGUGGAAAAGCAGUCAAGGCUUUUGCUGGACCUAUUCUAGCUUUUGUUAAGAAUAAGGGAAUAUUAUGGAUAUUUGUAAUAUUUAUUUCAGGAUGGAGCACGGUAAACAUUUUUAUUCUAUUAAAGAAUAGAUAUGAAACAGAUUCAACGAGUAUAGGGAUAUCUACUGCUUACAGUCGUUGGACUAAUACAUUUCCAUCAAUUGGAAUCUGUCUGAUAAAAAGCCGCAUAAACGAGGCCUUUUCGAGUGCUGUCAGAAGACGUUUCCCUGGACAAAAUAUACCUUACACAUACAUAAAAAAUAUAUAUGAAUUUGUCUUUAGAAGCCGUAAUAAUUUGAGCUUAAAGCAACUUACUUGCGAAAAUCUGAAUUCCACAUGUGGAGUUGAUAUUUUAGAAAUGAGAAGAGAGUUAUUCCCGACGAACUGUUCCGAUUUUUUAAUAGAAGUUUGUUUUGCUGGAAAAUUGAUUCCGGACUGCGAGAAAAUAUUCAAGUUUCAUGAACUAGAGAUGGGUUAUUGUUUUGUGGCUAACAGUUUUUUGGACUACGACAGUACAGAUAAAAUGCCUUUGCACUAUUCUUCACUAGACAAAAACAAGAAUUUACGUUUGGUUUUACGAAGCGGCCAAGUAUACAACUAUGAGUUGUAUGUUCAGAGUCCCGAAGAUCUUCCUUAUUUUAAUGCUAUAACAUACGCGGUUUCGCUUGAUCCUAUGGUACAUUCCUUCAAUGUUGAGGAAAUUCACAAUAGCGAAGAUGUCAUCAACGAGCCAGUUUCCCAACGGAUGUGCAAAUUCCCAAGUGAAAGUACAAUUGAGGGAGUUCCUUACAGUUAUUCGACAUGCAUGUCUAUUCUACGAGGUCAAUUUGAGAUGCAAAAUUGUAACUGCACUUUAUUUAGUUAUGAAGAUUCUGAAGACAUUUGCGGAAUGGAUAAUAUGGAGUGUUUGGGAAACGAAGUAACCAAUGAAAUGAAGAACUAUGUCGAAACUAAUGUGGCUUGCUUACCAUCCUGCAUGGAACAGCAGAUAACCAAUGUCGGGAGCUUUGAGGAUAGAUCUUUACUACUAAAAAAAGGGGAACUAAUUGCAGAAAUACAUAUAGCAUCUACACCUACCGUGAGGUACUAUAGAACAGUCACCCAGACUAAAUUGGAUCUAAUAGUUGGCAUUGGAAGUGUAAUAGGACUCUUUUUCGGCGCAUCUUUACUAAACCUUUUUGAAAUUAUCUCUUUUUUGUUUAAAAAGUUUAAAUCAUUUUUAUAAAUGCGAAUUUUUAACCCUUUUUACCUUUCAAUUUCGCAGCGGCUGUACUCACAUUAAUCAAUAAUAUAUAGUUGAUAAAGGCAAAUGUAUAUUUAAUUUUAAAAUUGUGA